AUGUCAUCGAAUGAAACACCAACGACAUCUGCAACAAUGGCAAUAACUUCUACACCUACAGUGGUGUCGGCUUUACCUAUAACGGUACAAGCUGCUUCUCAUAAUUCUCCUGCUUUUGUUAAUAUGUCCGUCGGCGAGCUACUUCAGAAGCAGCGCCGCAUCGCAGUUGUAGCAAUGCCAGCAUCAAGAAAUGUAACAUCAUCACCACUUGGAGUGGGAAAUCGAUUUCCAAUAAAGCCAAUAUCACGACGAUCUCUCGCAGAUAAUAUUAUUUCACGUUCACCAACUUGCUCGUUAGAUCCCAAGAAAUUAAAAGAAACUGCAAUAGAAACUUCGCAGCCUAAUGUAACACGGAAACCAAAUGUCGUAGAGACAGUCAAGGCAGAAAGUACUGCUGAUCAGCCUCAUCUAGUAGCAGCACCAGCAUCGACAUCGAUUCUUGGGUCUUUGCAAUUGGAUGAUCUCAUACGGCAAAUUGAUCCUACCUCUAUUCUUGAUGAUCCUGUAAAAACUAUGCUCACUGAAUUUGUCGACGAUUUCGUUGAUCAGGUCAUUGAACGAUCAUGUAAACUUGCUCGUCAUCGUGGUUCGGAUACGCUAGAAGCUGCAGAUGUUGAUUUUAUUCUACGACGAUACUAUAACUAUCCUUCUCUUUUGAAACAGGAACCUCAAGUAAAAUCAGAGAGUAUGGAGAAUGUUCAAAAAAGCACCGAAAUGGCGGCACAUAAUCAGCGAAUGGCACUAAUUAAGAAAACUCUCAAAAAACCUUAA